CAUUGAAUCAUAGUACUAUGCAGGUUUUUUUUUAGACCCAUGUUAAACAGUCUUAAUUUUUUAAGUAUACUUUGAAUGAGGUGUGGUAAAAUAGUUUUAAACUUGAGGUAACCUGGUAUCUCCUGCAGUUUAAGAACCCGAGCUAUGUGUGUUUGAGUUCCUACUAGAUUAUUUUUAGAAUCUCUUGCUCUUGUCUGUUUCUAUUCUGAGAACUCCCUUGGACUCUUCCAGGAUAGUAGAACUCAAGAGGGUGAUAGAAGGGAUGAAGCACAAGUGUGAACCGAAUUGCUAUGGUGUGACGACUGGAUGGUGCGAAGUGUGCCUCUUUACUGCAAAUAGUACUGUUUCCAGAAAGGAGGACAAAGAAUUUUUUUUCCAAAUGACAAUAUAGUUGAAGGUUUUCUGUUUUGUACAUACGUUAUUUUGUAUAUACUGUAUAUGAUGACUUCAGUGAGCAGUGACCGUUGCCGCAGUGCUCGGGAAAAACCCCAGAUUUCAACAACACAGGCAACACAGCCGCAGAAACAAGUGGUGCAGGCAACAGCUGAACAGAUGCGUCUUGCUCAAGUGAUCUUUGAUAAGAAUGAUUCAGAUUUUGAAGCUAAAGUUAAACAGCUUAUGGAAGUGACGGGAAAAAAUCAAGAUGAAUGCAUUGUGGCCCUACAUGACUGUAAUGGAGAUGUGAACAAAGCUAUCAAUAUAUUGCUGGAAGGGAAUUCAGACACGACUUCCUGGGAGACUGUAGGGGGCAAGAAGAAAAACUUGGGGAAAGAAAAUUUAGAAAACAAAGAAAAUAGAGAGAAAAGAAAUGAGAGAGAACCAAGUCGAGGACGUGGCAACACCAACAGGAAAGGAAGAGGUGGCAAUCGUUCCAGAGAAUUUAGAGGUGAAGAGAAUGGAAUUGAUUGCAGUCAAGGGGACAAAUCUUCAGAUCGUGGGAAGCGAGCACGUGGUAGAGGAUUUGGACGUGGUAGAGGGAGAGGGGCAGGAAGGUUUUCAACGCAAGGCAUGGGGACUUUUAAUCCUGCGGACUAUUCAGAUUCUACAUCUUCAGAUGGAUGUGGGGCAAAGGCGGUGAUUUGGGAAACUGCUCAGAAUGGAGCUCAUGAAGGAAGUGAACUGGCAUCCAAUGAUCACAGCAUAGUUCAGGAUCUGCCAAACAAAAAUUCUUACAAAGGUGCCUGGAAGAAUUCUGUGGAGGAAUGGACAACGGAAGACUGGACUGAGGAUCUUUCUGAAACAAAGGUAUUCACUUCCUCAUCUGUUCCAGGAGAGAAUCAGACCACACCUGGGCAAAGUAUUGAUCUGGUGGCCUUGCUGCAGAAGUCUGUUCCUCCCAGCCAAGCUUCAGAAGCCAGCUCCUUUGAAGCUUCACAGCAGCCGGGCUUUAGCCAAGCCCUCGUCUUCACCAAUUCUCAACACAACACUCAGAUGGCAUCAGGGACUGGCAGCCCCUUGGCUGCCAACUCCUACUCUCCUCAGAGUCUGUCAUCCGUUCUUGGCUCAGGAUUUGGAGAGCUUGCACCAUCCAAAAUGGCAAACGUCAGUAGCUCCCAGAUUUUGGACCAGUUGAAAGUUCCAAGUUUGGGCCAGUUUACCACCAACCCAAGUUCACAACAGAAUAGUACGAGCCCCCCCACGACUACUACUUCCUGGGACCUCAAGCCUUCAGCACCCCAGUCCUCUGUCCUUAGUCAUUUUGACUUCAAAUCUCAGCCUGAGCCAUCCCCAGUCCUUAGCCAGUUGAGCCAGCGGCAACAGCACCAGACCCAGGCCAUCCCCACUCCUCCCCCUGGUUUGGAGUCCUUUCCUUCUCAGGCAAAACUCCAAGAACCUGUGCCUGGAGACAGCGCCUCCACUGUGAACAAACUGUUGCACCUUCCCAGUGUGACUGUGGAAAACAUCGCUGUGUCUGCCCACCAGCCACAGCCCAAACACAUGAAACUGCCCAAGCGGCGGAUACCUCCAGCUUCUAAGAUUCCUGCUUCUGCGGUGGAAAUGCCUGGCUCAGCAGAUGUCACAGGAUUAAAUGUCCAGUUUGGGGCAUUGGAGUUUGGAUCAGAACCCUCUCUCUCUGAAUUUGGAUCAGCUCCAUGUAGUGAAGAUAGUAAUCAGAUUCCCAUCAGCUUAUAUUCAAAAUCUUUAAGUGAUCCUUUGAAUACCUCUUUACCAAUGACCAGUGCAGUACAGAACUCCACCUAUACAACUUCAGUCAUUACCUCCUCCAGCCUGACCAGCUCAUCCCUGAGCUCCACUAGUCCAGUAACAACGUCUUCCUCCUAUGACCAGAGUUCUGUGCGUAACAGGAUCGCAUACCAAAGCUCUGUGAGUCCGUCGGAUUUAGCCCCUGCUGGAACAGUCGCGAAUGGACAUGGUGGCGAUCGGGGUCAGCAGACACUAGAUGCUCCAAAGACGACAGACGCUGCCUCGGCCCUUCCAGCUGUGGGCCCCCUGCCCAGCUCCACCUCAUGCACUGCGCCUCUGCCCUCCAGCUCCCAGCACACUGCCAGUCUGCCCUCCCUGACCCAACCUGGCAGCCCUCUCUCUCAGCUAAGCAGCUCCCUCUCCAGCCAUCCGAGCAGCCUGCCCUCCUCGCAUGCAGCCCUCUCUGUGAGCACCUCCCACACACAUGCCAGUGUGGAGAGUGUCCCAUCCCUGCAGCCCUCUGCCACGUUCUCUACAACAGCCACCUCUGCCUCGAGUGCCACCUCCUCAGGAGCCAGCCUGCCCAGCAACAUGAACGUAGCCACCAGCCUCUGCCUGGGUGGGGGUGCCGGGAGUGCACUGAGCAGCGGGGCCAGGGCCGCACCCCUGGUGACCUCAGGCAAGCCGCCCCCAAAUCUGCCCCAGGGGCUGCCACCCUUGCUGCCCAGCCAGUACCUUGUGGGCCCUGGAGGACUGCUUCCUGCCUACCCGAUCUACGGCUACGAUGAGCUCCAGAUGCUGCAGUCCCGGCUGCCCAUGGAUUACUACGGGGGGAUUCCCUUCGCCGCCCCCACAGCUCUUGCAGGCCGAGAUGGGAGCUUAAUUAAUAACCCCUAUUCAGGUGAUGUCACCAAGUUUGGCCGAGGUGACUCCGCAUCACCUGCACCUGCCACUACACUAGCUCAGCCCCAGCAGGGCCAGUCCCAGGCCCACCACACUGCGCAACAGCCUUUCCUGAAUCCUGCGCUGCCGCCUGGCUACAGCUACACUGGCCUGCCCUACUACACAGGCAUGCCCGGUGCCUUCCAGUAUGGGCCCACAAUGUUUGUUCCUCCAGCGUCAGCCAAGCAGCACGGUGUGAACCUCAGCACGCCCAGCACCCCUUUCCAGCAGACCAGCGGCUAUGGCCAGCACAGCUACAGCACAGGUUACGACGACCUGACCCAGGGUACAGCGGCCGGAGACUACACGAAGGCUGGCUAUGGCGGUGCAGCACAGGCUCCCAGCAAGUCUGCGGGGUCUGGGUCUGCCAAAGGAGUGUCGGUGUCUUCAAGCACCGCUGGCCUCCCUGAUAUGGCUGGGUCUGUCUACAACAAGACUCAGACUUUUGACAAGCAGGGAUUUCAUGCAGGGACCCCUCCGCCUUUCAGCCUGCCUUCAGCCUUAGGCUCCACAGGGCCCUUGGCCCCUGGGGCAGCCCCUGGCUAUGCGCCCCCACCUUUCCUGCACAUCUUGCCUGCUCACCAGCAGCCCCACUCGCAGCUGCUGCACCACCACCUCCCGCAGGAUGCCCAGAGUGGCUCGGCCCAGCGCAGCCAGCCCAGCUCCCUGCAGCCCAAGUCUCAAGCCUCCAAAGCCACCUAUGGCAACUCUCCAUACUGGACAAACUGAACCUGAACCUGAAGAUGGGGGGUCUGGGGUGGGGUCUCCCUGGGCAAGAGUGAGCACAUGGAGCAGAUACCUGGGAGCCCAGCACCCUUUCCUACAACUCC